ACAGUCAAAUCUUUAUACAUCAGCGUGUCUGUCACGUGGUUCUGCGAUGAAUGACCCUGAAAGCGCGCAUCACCCGGAAGUGCUUGUGACUGUGUCUGUGUGUUUGUUGUGAAACAUCAGCGCGUGCAUUCAAAGAGUGUGACAGCAGGUGAUGGAUGAACCUUAGACCUCGACAGCACAUGAACGCGCUUGAACUGACAGCACAUGAUCGCGCUUGAUCGAGAUCACAUCAGACUGAAUCCAUGCUUUCUGAUGAGCUUGACUCCAAACCCGAGCUGUUGGUUGAGUUUGUUCAGAACGCCUCCAUACCGCUGGGUGAAACUCUGGAGGAGUCUGAACUCAAAUCCUCCUCCUGUACUCCUCUCAUCUCGCCAUCAUUAAAAUCUUCAUGCACUCCAUCACAGCUUUCAGAGACUUCUCUUAAUCAUGUUGUCCCACCGUCGCUGUCAGAGUUUGGACACGAGCGAAGUCCUCUGGUGGAAGAUCUGCAGUCUACAGAACCAAACCUCAUACAAGACCUCCAGAACCACGACAACACUUCUUCUUACAUCCUACUGAACCUGGCCAAAGGGUUGGCAGCAUCGACCGAACCUCUGGUGUUUGUACAGGAUGAUGUUGAUGAGGCAGAGGAGGAGAUCUCAGCGGAUGGCAGCGCGCCGUGGUAUCUCCGAGUUCAGGAGCUUGCACAUGACAGCCUGAUUGCUGCAACACGGGCACAACUGGCUAAAGAUGCCAGAUCUAACAACAACAACAGUGAGCACAUUCAUAGCUGUCAAUCAGAGGGGCUUAAGAAAGAGCCGCUGUCUCGAGCCAAUCGCACGCCUGCAGAAAAAUCCCAUAGAUGUCCAUACGAGAACUGUCACAGAACAUUCACCUGGCCGGCCCAUCUGAAGUACCACCUAAAAACACACAGAAACGACCGCAUGUUUCGCUGCAGCGCUGAUGGUUGUGGAAAGAGUUUCUAUGUUCUGCAGAGACUUCAGGUCCACAUGAGAACCCACAACGGAGAGAAACCGUUCAUCUGCAGCGAGAAGGACUGUGGCAAGAAGUUCACCACCGCCGGGAACCUGAAGAACCACCAGCGCACUCAUACUGGUGAGAAACCUUUCUUGUGUGAGGUGGACAGCUGCGGUCGAUCCUUUGCCGAAUACUCCAGUCUUCGCAAACACAUGCUGGUUCAUUCUGGUGAGAAGCCGCACGUGUGUUCAGUUUGUGGGAAAACUUUCUCUCAGAGCGGCAGUCGAAAUGUUCACAUGAAGAAGAGACACAGCGAGGAGGACGCACAACACAUCGCUGACAGCAGAGAAACAAUAACAGGUGAGGCGCUCACUCAGAGCAGCUUGUUAGAGGCGGACGGCAGCACUGAGUCCAUAGUCAAUCUGAAUCAUGAGAUGUUAAGCGCACAAGGUCCCGUGGUGGUUUUGUCACCUGGUGGUAAUGAUGAUGAUGAUGAUGAUGAUGAAGAUCUGGUCAAUAUAACGACAGCACAUUCAUACAGUCAUGAUGUGGUCACUCUGCUCUAACAUCACUCUCGUUUGUAAAUAAAAUAUUUUAGGAAA